AUGCAGGCGACGGCGGGGGGCGCGCGGGCGGCCGCGCUGGCGCUGCUGCUGGGGGCGCUGCAAGGGGCGCCGGCGCGCGCCCAGGAGUACGACUACUACGGGUGGCAGGCGGAGCCGCUGCACGGGCGCGCGUACUCCAAGCCGCCGCAGUGCCUCGACAUCCCCGCGGACCUGCCGCUCUGCCACACGGUGGGCUACAAGCGCAUGCGGCUGCCCAACCUGCUGGAGCACGAGAGCCUGGCCGAGGUGAAGCAGCAGGCGAGCAGCUGGCUGCCGCUGCUGGCCAAGCGCUGCCACUCCGACACGCAGGUCUUCCUCUGCUCUCUCUUCGCGCCCGUCUGCCUCGACCGGCCCAUCUACCCGUGCCGCUCGCUGUGCGAGGCCGUGCGCGCCGGCUGCGCGCCGCUCAUGGAGGCCUACGGCUUCCCCUGGCCCGAGAUGCUGCACUGCCACAAGUUCCCCCUGGACAACGACCUCUGCAUCACUAUGCAGUUCGGACACCUGCCUGCCACCGCGCCUCCAGGUAGCGCCGCCGCCGCCCCCGCGCUGACCAAGAUCUGUGCCCAGUGUGAGAUGGAGCACAGUGCCGACGGCCUCAUGGAGCAGAUGUGUUCCAGUGACUUCGUGGUUAAAAUGCGCAUCAAGGAGAUCAAGAUAGAGAAUGGGGACCGGAAGCUGAUUGGAGCCCAGAAAAAGAAGCAGCUACUCAAGCCAGGCCCCUUGAAGCGCAAGGACACCAAGAGGCUGGUGCUGCACAUGAAGAGCGGCGCCAGCUGCCCCUGCCCACAGCUGGACAGCCUGACCGGCAGCUUCCUGCUCAUGGGCCGCCAAGUGGACGGGCAGCUGCUGCUUAUGGCCGUCUACCGCUGGGACAGGAAGAAUAAGGAGAUGAAGUUCGCAGUCAAAUUCAUGUUCUCCUACCCCUGCUCCCUCUACUACCCCUUCUUCUAUGGGGCUGCUGAACCCCACUGAAGGGCACUCCUCCCUGCCCCACCACAGCCAGCUGUGCCUUGCCCUCUCCCCAGCCCUGGGGCACUCUCUCUUCCUGCCCACUUGGCCUCACCCCUACUCCCAGGCUGACUCAGCCCCUGCCUAAGUGGUUUCAUGCAGUGUCGUUACCAGCACAGGCCCUGAGGAAUGGGCAUGGAGCCUGAGCUGUCCAUGACUGAGGGGUUCUGGGGUCCCUGGGGACUUCUCUUAGGAGCAAGGCUUUCUCAUUUGGGAAGGAACCCAGGGUUUUGGAAAGUAGGUGGAGGAGAGAGCGAGGGAAGCGUGGAGGGGCUCUGAGCAGCCUGAGGCAGAUUCCCAAGUAGAUCAUGGUGUCAGCUCCCCUCUGUUGGUGGUGAGGCCUCACCUUGAAGAGGAAAAGUCUCAGUAUUAGGCUGAGCUAUUUGGGGGACAGUUCCCUACCUCCACUGCCCACUCGUGUCAUCAUAGUCCCCCGAAGGAGAGGCACUAGGGUCACAGUGCCCUCCAGCCACAGUUCCCCACCUCCCCCAUCUCUGACCCUUUCCCUUCCUGCUAGACUGGAGAGAAGCCCAGCCCAGACCCCCUCCCAGAGGCUGCUUUUUGGGGUUCGUCCCUCAGCCUCCACAUGUCCCUGUUACCCUGAUGGUAAGUUAUCGCCACCGCUGCAAGGCCACAGGUA